CCGUCCUCGUUUUCGUCUUUGUAUUGUUCGUCUUAUUACUCUUUUCUCUCUUGGGGGUUAUCGUUUCGUCCUUGUUCUUUUUUUUUGUUCGCUUUCGUAGUCCAGUCAGGUGUUUAAUUUGGGGUCUCCGUUCUUAUUUCAAGGCAUUUCUGUCGCGUACCCCCAUCCUCAUAAUUUAUCGGACACAACCACUUCUUCAAUACCAAGUCACGAAAAAUCAGCAGAAAUCCUCAUGUCUAUCGAUACAGUACCCGGUAUCUCCAACACGGAAAGCAGUAAAACUCGGAGUCAGAGUCGUAAAGGCGGAAGUGCCAAACCCCAGGUUUCCUCUACCUCCCGGGCUUCUGCGGUCCCUGCUGCUUCCUCUAUCCCUUCACCUAGAUCGACGUCUGAUCAGCCAUCCGACCUCAUGGUACCACCCCUGUUGUCGGUCACCGGGCCAACACCAGAACCAUCACCUAUUGCCGAGCCUAGGACCCCGCCUCCCAGUUCGGAGAAGGGAAAAGGGAAACGCAAGGCCGAUGAAGUUGAGGGUGGUGGGACGCCGCCAGAGGCCAAAAAGAAUAAUAAGACCACCUUUGCUGCAGAGAACCCAAGACCACACCGCGCUUCCGGAAAUUCGACAGUUUCGCAUGCUCCAUCCUCUUACCAAUCCUAUCAUCGGAACAAACGUGCUAGACUUUCCGGUGUUAUGUCGGCUGUUGGCGAAGAUAGAUAUACGUAUCAGACGUACAAUCCCAAUCCCAGUGGUUCAUUUGCGUCCAGAGGUAGUAGCAGCGGAAGGCAAGGCCACCCUCGGACGCAAUCUCGCCCAUCUUCUUUUCGCCCAAAGCCCUCGUCGAUCGCUGGUUCCCAUCAGGCCCCGUCAAGAAGAAGUAUUUCGCAGGCCUCCAUACCGAUUUCAGCUCUUAUCUCCCCCCAUGCACCAUCCAUAUCACAGCGGUCAACAAAAUAUCAUAUGCGCGACCCUCGGAAGCCUCCACGGGUUCAGCCGACACCCUGGACGUUAGCAUUUCCUGUUCCAGGGGAGGGCGACGUUGGAUACUUCCAGAGGUGGAAGUGGUGGAAAAAAGAGAAUAAGGGACACCCAGUCGGAUGGGCCGAUGGUGGAGGUAGCCCUUUGCAUGCUUGGCUUUUCUUUCUUGGAUUUGUGUUGUUUCCGAUCUGGUGGGUGGCCGGUUUGUUGGUACGUAUACCAAAGACGCGGCGGAUUGGAGAUGCGGAUACCUUAGAGAAAGGGGUCGUGUUAGACGACCCUCAAGUUGAACAUGAUGCAAAAUCCUGGCGCAAACGAUGUCGAAUCAUGGCCGCCGUUUCGCUGGUGACGUAUGUUCCGUUCAUCGUUCUCGUUGCUGUCUUUGCCAGAUAGCAAGCUUUCUUGCACUCGCAUUCGUUUUUCGUUUUCGCAUUAUUCAUCUUUGCAUUGUACUACCAUCCCACGCAUCUGGCAUACCCUUGGACACUGGACAUACUAUCGAACACCUAUCACCCC